AUAUAUGACGAUGCAAGAGAACAAAAAAUAAAUAUUCUUUCGGGCACACAAAAAAUCCAAUUAUCCGAAGUAAAUAAAAAUGAAUAAACCGAAGAUAACCGCAAGAACAAUAAAACACUUUGUCUGUUUCUUGUAAGUGAGGUUUUGAAGCGAAAAGAGAAAGAAGAAAACGAAUAGAAUAGAAUUCAAGCAGAAGAUUCGACACUUCAAUUUCCCACGUGUACUUCCGCGCGUGUGUUUCGCUCCCAUCUUCAUGGCUUCAAUUUCCGGAUCUCAAUCGAGAGGAGGAGGAGGCAAAAUGGUUCGCCUCCGCCGUACCGCCGCCGCCAGAAACCGUACUCCAUAUUCCCGACCCGUUCCACCACAGCCUCAACCUCAAAGCCCUAAUUGGCUUUCACGUUUCGUCAUCUCUCCCACUCGUUUCAUUGCUUCCGGUGCCGGAAAAAUUUUGUCCACUGUUUUGGAUCUUGAAUCGUCUCCAUCUUCUUCUUCCUCAGCUACUUCUUCUUCCUCUUCUUAUGCCGAUUCCGUUGCCGAGGAAGUUGGUGAUCUUGAUGAUGUAAGUUAUAACCCUUUUGAAGGUGAAGUUGCAUUAAACCAGGGUGGGACGUCAGAACCUAUCAAUUUAUCCAUGAAGGAGCUCCAGCCAUUAGUUGCAUAUAGCAAAAGCAAGAAUACCAUUGAGCAGCUACUAAUGCAAGAGACAUUCUCAAGGGAAGAAGGUGAUAGGUUGAUAAAAAUAAUAAGAUCAAGAGUUGUGGAUUCUCCUGCAAAUGAUGAUAGGGUUACCAGGCCAAGGGAUAUAUCCAACACGACUCUUGCAACUGGCUCACCUGAGCUCUGUAGUGCUGCUGUUAUGGAGUCAAAGAAAUGGAUGCUGGAAAAGAAGUCUGGAUUAGAUUCAAAUUCUGAUUUAGGUUAUGGAAGUCCUAGUUUGAAUUUGAUUGCAUUACCACAAGCUCCCAAAGAUGAAGGAUCGCCUGUGGAUGUGGCUAAGUCGUAUAUGCGUUCACGUCCUCCAUGGUCAUCUCCUUCUGUGGACCAUACUAAGCCUCCAACACUAUCCGGAAUUCAGCUCUUUAAAGAAGAAACACCAUAUCCAUUUGGUGGCAAUUCUACGUCAUCCUUGAAGUUUAAAAGGGAUUCUUCUGCUACCGGGUCAUGGAGUAUUCAGGAUGAGAUAAGAAGAGUUAGAUCCAGGGCAACAGAGGAGAUGCUUAGAACAGUUCCCUCCUCAAAAAUUGACUGGUCUGCAUUUGCUGUGGAGCAUAAAAAUAAUGUCAACUCAUCUGCAAUUGAAAAUAUUGGAGCUAGUUCUAGAGAAAAAGUACAUAAUUUUACAAAUUUAGUAGCUCCAUCCGUAAACUUGGCCAGUGGAUUGGGUUUUGAGGCCACUUCAGAUUUGCAGAGUAAACUGGAUAGGAACCAACCUGAAUCUGUGCUGCCAGAUGCAGCUAAUAUUAUUUCUGAACAGAAUCAGGGCUUUGUAGCUGUUCAGAAAACCAAAGGUACCCAAGAUGACUGUAGAGAAAUAACUACUUCAGUACUAAGAGACGGGUCCUCAGAUAAUAUGCACAGGAAUGGUGAUCUUGUUAAAGUCAAUGGCACCGAUGACAUAAAUGAGUCUAAGCACCAACAAGACCUAGUUGAAGAAACUAGGGAAGUUUCAAAUUCUAGAUUACAAGAUGGAAAUCUAUCAGAAUUCAAAGAGAAGGUUGGAACAGAAGAUGCACCGGAAAAUGGAUUCCCCUCUUCAAGGCCCAGUGUCUAUGCAGGGAAGGCUGCUGAACAGAACUCGAAAACAUUGAAUAACGAAUCGAGUACAGUCAAUUCAAGUCAGGAGAGGAUAGCUCAGGGCGUUCUUGAGCAAGAGACUCGGAAAAUGUCUCAUGAAUCUACUGAGGUGCCUGAUGUGAGUAUAGAUGGUACCGUUGCUUCCAGAGAUGACGGGUCACAGAACAGCUCCAGUGUACAGUACGAGGUUCAACAGGUCAGUUCUCAGCAAGGUCCAGAAUCGGGCUCGGUAGCCACACCAACUAGUAGUAUUGCUAAGCAAAAGGGUAAAAGAUUGACCAGAUACAACAGAAGGGGCAGCAAGGGUGUCAAAUGACGCGGGUUGUAUUUUGUAUGUUAAAUUGUAAGUUACGGUUAGCUUCUGAGAAUAGGGAUUAUGCAGGCCAUUUGUUGAGGUUAAUAAUGUUCACAAAUGAGUCUACAUCAACUUAGGCAGUAUUUUUUGUUUCACUUGCUUGUUGUUUUUCAUUAUUUGUUGAUCAUGUCCACGGAAAUCAGGCUCGGGAAAUUGAAUGUAUUAUCUGUAAAAAUGUUUAAAUUAGCGACAUGGAAUUUUUUCUUUUCCUA